AAUUGAGCAUGCGCAUAGAACGACCUGAUCUCCUGGCGGCCCUUGACUCUCGUCACUGCAUGCAGCAGAGGGUGGAGUUGGUAGGAAACCGAAGAAGCAAUGAACCCAGCCAUCAUUCUGGUUGGCCUGGCUGCCAUGGGAGGACUUAUUUCACUCGCUCUGCACAGAAUUGAGGAGGGUCAUGUUGGAGUUUAUUACAGGGGAGGGGCUCUGUUGGAGGGUACAACUGGACCAGGGUUCCACCUUAUGCUACCACUCCUCACCACCUUCAAACAAGUCCAGGUGCUGCUACUACUAGCACAAUUUUAAUUACUAGGUGAAUGCAGUGCAUUUUUGGCGAGCUGGAGCGAUCCAACUAAUGGUUGUGUGCGUGCCCAAAGAGUGGUUACGUCUCUGCCGGUCAGCGGUUCUCAUCUGCUGGAGGCUAGUGUCCCUCUAUUCGGAUGAUCGUGCUGCCUCUCUCCCGCCCCCUACGUUGAGACAGGCGUGUCUCCCUCUCCUUGGCUGCCGAGAAAACGAUUCGUCGCCAUUAUUGCAGAGGUUUACGGGGGGAAAUCACACAAAUGGUGCACCAUACUGUUGCAUAUGUCUGCAUAGUCUGUAAGAAGCUCCUCAUCCUAGAAGGCUGUAUUACAGUAGUGGAUUGAUGUUCUUGCAGGUUACAUUGCAAUCUGAUGAGGUGAAGAAUGUUCCAUGUGGUACGAGUGGUGGUGUGAUGAUCUAUUUUGAUCGAGUGGAAGUCGUCAACAUACUUAAUGCUGCACAAGUACAUGAGAUAGUGAAGCAGUACACAGCAGACUAUGACAAGGCCUUAAUCUUCAAUAAAGUACACCAUGAGCUCAACCAGUUUUGCAGUUCUCACAGUCUUGAUGAAGUAUACAUCAAGGAAUUUGAUCAGAUUGAUGAGAACCUGAAGAAAGCUCUGCAGAGUGAACUCACCACAAUGGCCAAAGGUCUGAUAGUGUUGUCUGUUCGAGUCACAAAACCGAAAAUCCCUGAGUCCAUCAGGAAGAACUAUGAGCUCAUGGAGGCAGAGAAGACCAAGCUACUGAUAUCUCAGCAGAAGCAGAAGGUUGUAGAGAAAGAGGCAGAGACAGAGCGCAAGAAAGCCAUAAUUGAGGCAGAGAAGGUGGCAGAGGUGGCAGAGAUCCAGUACAAUCAAAGAAUCAUGGAGAAAAAGAAGCAAAAGGAAAUUUCACAGAUUGAGAAUGAGGCCCACACGGCUAAGGUUCUUGCUGAGGCAGAUGCUGAGUACUACCUUGCUCAGAAAACAGCUGAAGCUAACAAGCUGAAACACACGCCCGAGUUCAUGGAGCUGGCUCGCUACCAAGCCUUGACCACCAACACAAAGCUCUACUUUGGUCCAAGUCUGCCUUCUUUUUUCAUGCAGGGUAGGGAGGAGGGGCUGUUGUUGCCACGGCAGCAGACUUCACCCGUGGAGGAACAAACAAAUCUAUAAUGACUCUAUAGCUGCAUUAAACAAUAUUCCUGGCCUAUGUGAUGUGUGCUGGGAAAGGUCAAUGGACAAAGUUUUAUGAUAGAGCCACAAAAGCACAUUAACCAAACCCACAAUUGAUUUUUUGUUUUACGCACACUAAUUCUCUUGUCUUACUGAAUUUCAGACUUCUCUUUGUUUAAUAGUUGGCAGUG